GCGCUCGCGGACGGGGGAGGGAUGCGGCGGAAGCGGCGGGUCGUGGUUUGUUUGGGUUGUGGGCGGUGUGCUCGCAGCCCGGGAAAAGCGGGAAAUGGCGGCGCCGGGCCCGGGCUCCAGGUCCGCCCUCCAGCAAAAGGGGCUGAUGGCUGCUGAUAGGAGGCGCAGGAUAUUAGGAGUGUGUGGCAUGCACCCCGACCAUCAGGAAGCCCUGAAAAAGAACCGAGUGGUGCUGGCCAAACAGCUGUUGCUGAGCGAACUAUUAGAACACCUCCUGGAGAAAGACAUUAUCACCAUGGAAAUGAGGGAGCACAUUCAGGCCAAGGUGGGCAGCUUCAACCAGAAUGUGGAACUCCUCAACUUGUUGCCCAAGAGGGGCCCCCAGGCUUUUGAUGCCUUCUGUGUAGCCCUGAGGGACACCAAGCAGAGUCACCUGGAGGAACUGUUGCUCAGAACCCUGUCUGGUCUUCCACGUGUACUCCCACCGUUGAGCUGCGACUACGACUUGAGUCUCCCUUUCCCGGCAUGUGAGUCCUGCCCUCCUCACAAGCAGCUCCGCCUGUCUGCAGAUACGGUGGAAUACUCCCUAGACAACGGGGAUGGUCCUGCCUGCCUUCAGGUGAAGCCUUGCACUCCCGAGUUUUAUCAGGCACACUAUCAGCUGGCCUAUAGGUUGCGGUCUCGGCCCCGGGGCCUGGCACUGGUGCUGAGCAAUGUGCACUUCACUGGAGAGAAAGACCUGGAAUUCCGCUCUGGAGGGGAUGUGGACCGCAGCACUCUGGUUGCCCUCUUCAAGCUCCUGGGCUACAAAGUCCACGUUCUGCUCGACCAGACUGCACAGGAAAUGCAAGAGGAACUCCAGAAUUUUGCCCAGUUGCCGGCUCACCGUGCCACCGACUCCUGCAUAGUGGCGCUCCUGUCCCACGGCGUGGAGGGUGGCGUCUACGGUGUGGAUGGCAAACUGCUUCAGCUGCAAGAGGUUUUCCGGCUCUUUGACAAUGCCAACUGCCCAAGCCUCCAGAACAAGCCGAAAAUGUUCUUCAUCCAGGCCUGCCGUGGAGAUGAAACGGAUCGCGGGGUUGACCAGCAGGAUGGAAAGAACCACGGUGGGUCCCCUGAGUGUGAGGAGAGUGAUGCGGGUAAGGAGGAGCUGCUGAAGAUGCGACUGCCCACUCGCUCGGACAUGAUCUGUGGCUAUGCCUGCCUCCGAGGGACGGCCGCCAUGCGCAACACCAAGCGGGGCUCCUGGUACGUUGAGGCCCUGACGCAGGUGUUCUCUGAGAGGGCCUGUGACAUGCACGUGGCUGACAUGCUCGUGAAGGUGAACGCACUCAUCAAGGAGCGCGAGGGCUAUGCCCCGGGCACGGAGUUCCACCGGUGCAAGGAGAUGCCCGAGUACUGCAGCACGCUGUGCCGCCACCUCUAUCUCUUCCCAGGACACCCUCCCACGUGACGCCGCCUCCCCGUCACCGGGCCACACUGAGGCCACUGGACCGCAGGAGGCGUGUAGAGCCUUCUCUUCAGGGUGCACGGUUUCUGCUCCGCCCCCUCGGGGACUGGGGGUCUCCCAGGCUUGUUUCACACACCCGUCAUCUCCGCUUUGAGCCCGGCCUGCAGGCCAGCCCCCCGUAGGACCCGCUCUGGCUGGGCCUGCGGUGAGGAGCUUCGCAACCGACGUUUCCAGCAGCGUCUCCGUGGGGAGAGGGCAUGUGGGUUUCCUCCGUGUUUGUGUCCAGUUUCUGCCCCCCGGGCUUUUGUAGGAAGCGUUUUGGCACUUGCUUUUAUUACGUUAGUUGAGAUGUCUCAGUAGUCCUCUCCUGUGUUUUCUUUCUACCCCAGACUUUGGAAGGUGUCCUGAUUUAAUGGAGACAUUUUUCAUUUGGCUCCGAAAGGGCCAGCAGGACUGGAGACACGCUCUGCUGCUGUGUGUGCGGCCCUGAGCUGUGGGGCCGUUCCUUCAGUUCCCAGAGGCCACACAGCCGGAAGACAGUCUUCUCCACUCUUGGCUCUUGGCGCUCAAGGAAUCCAGCCUUUGGGCAGAGGUUAGAGUUCGGACGCCGUGUUUCUGUAGCUUGUUGAUCUUGGCCCGUGGAAGUUUCAAAGGUCUUUUAAUUAGGUGUUCUUUCUCUGAGCUUUGUUCCUGAAGUGAGCCUCACAGAGAGUGUCAGCGGGGGCAGAUAAGCGUGGUUAUGUCAUACUUGGUUAUCUGUCUCCUCCUCUUCUCCCUAGGAAACGUCCCUUUCUGUAAAAGCUUCCUAGCUGUUACCUCCCUACUUCCUGUUUCUCGGCUCUUUACCUUUGUUUCAUCCUGUUCACUGCUGCCGCCAAAUCUGUCUAAGAUACUGCUUAAUUGGACCAGUUGGCUGCUCAAGGAUAGUACCUGGUUCCUCUUUGUGUUUCAGUAUUAAGUCCCUUUUCGAUUCGGUGGUCUGUUUCCCCUUCCCUUUCUCCCUCCCCGUCUUGGGGGGGCCAUUGCUGCGUUGCUGCCCGUCACUCACUCACCCUAGAAGCUGUCUGUAUCUGUGCUUGUGUGAAACCUUCCUGUUCUUUCAAGGCUUCUCUUUUCCUGCUGUUCUUCCCUCCUUCAGUCCAAUCUCUGUAUGACAGGUUUUGGUUUUGGUUUUAAAUAGAAAUCUGAUCUUAUCACUGCCCUGUUUGGAAUCCUUUGGUUUCCUGUCACUCCUCAGAUAAAAUCCAAACACCUGACCUUGGCCCGCAGGGCCCCUGCCUGCCCCCUUGAACCUCAGUAAGUGCUGAUUUCCCUGUCAGGGACAGCCCCAGUGGCUUCCUCAUUUUCUCAAACAUUCUGAGCUCCUUGCCCCCCCAACCCCAGGUGCUCUGCUGGGGUCCGCUGAGUGCCACUCCUCACCACUCUUGGCUCGAAUGGCUGCUUCUUUGAGCGUCAGCGGAAAUGCCACCUUCUUGUGGAGGCCUUUCCAGGCCACUCUGCCUCUAAAUAAUCUUGUCCGGUGUCUCUCUCUUACUGCGUCCUGUUUAAUCCCCGCAUUGCACUUACCGCAACCUAUAAUCGUAUGUUUGCGUGCCUCAUUGGUGCACUCCUGUCUCCCCAACCAGGCUGUCAGCUCCUCAAGGGUGGAAGCCUUGUCUCUUGUUCACUGAGGUGUACCCAGUGCCUGGCACCUCGUAGGCCUUCAGCACAUGUUUGCUGAAGGAAGGAGGAAAGCAGCCCGAAGUAGAAUCCUACUUUUGGCGAAAUUUCCCUUUCAGCAGAAGGCACAGUGCAGUGCUUGUGCUCUGUAUCUCCCGUGUGCUUUGUUUCGUCCACUGGUAUUACUAGCUCCUGAAGACAAGUCACGUGUGAGGCGGCUUCCUCUACGUCCCCCGUGGUGCCGGGCGCAGCGCUCGGCCCCCAGGGGUCCAGGUGCUUGGUGAACUCUUGCUCUGGGAGCCACGUGGGUCGGAGACUUGCUGCCGAGUCCUGCCCUUGGCUCAGUAUCAUAUGGAAGUAUUUGGGUGACAGAACCUUUCCACUUCCCACUGCCAGGAUUUUGUAUUGCCAUUGGUGCCAAAUAAAUGCCCAUAUUUAUUA